CCACUCUAGAUGCGACAUCACUUUUACGGUAUGAUGUCACAAACACCAUUCAACAUGCAACACAAAGAAUUCAAUAUAAAACUCAAUAGCUUAUCAGAUAAAGAGUGCUGGAUUUGUGCUUUUGAAGAAGCUGUAAAAGGCAUUUUAAUGAGUUUGCCCUUUCAGGAGUCCAAAAGUCAACGUCUCUGUCGUGACAUAAGUUACAUGUUUACUCUAGCAGAAAGAAAAUGCAUUCACAUUUAUACUUUAUGUAACCAGAUUGUACUCUAUACACCCUGAAUGUCUGCCUCUGUGUUCUUCAUAAUGCAAAGUAAAUGUGCAGAUUCUCACUUGUGUCCAGCAGGGGGCCCUAAAAACCUCCGGGGCCCCAGGCACUUGAGUCACAUACACACAGUACAAUACAAUACAAUACAAUAGAAUGUGUAUGCACUGCACACCCACACACAGUAAAGCCUAAAACACACACUAUACACAUCAGCAGCAACACCAGGAGGAGCAGUAGUGUUCUUAAGGAUGUGUUGAGCUGAACACUGACUCUCAUUUCAUUUGGAGAGACGAUGAAGAUGAUGAACCUGCUAUGUAGUCUAUAUAAGCAGAGAAAUGAAGAAUAGUUACUGGGAAGGAACUUUUUUUAACCUUUGCACUGGAUCACGUUAUAUUGGCGCUGCAAACAAAGUCUGGACUCGUGCGCUCAGCUGAAGUUCAUCCAGCGUCACAACAUGUGUGAGAAAAGCGAUGAUCCCGCUGGAAUAAACGAAGUUUGUCCAACGAAGAGCUCCGAUCUGAACUCUGUUUCCACUCGCGUGUACAAGAGGAGAUGGAUCAUCGUGUUUCUCUUCAGCUCAUAUUCACUCUGCAACGCGUUCCAGUGGAUCCAGUAUGGAAGCAUCAACAACAUCUUCAUGAAGUUUUACGACGUCACUUCAUUCACCAUCGACUGGCUCUCCAUGAUCUUCAUGUUAACUUACAUUCCCUUCAUCUUUCCAGUGACAUGGCUGUUGGAGAAAGGCUUGCGCGUGGUCGCUCUGCUGGCCGCCUCAAUCAACUGCGCGGGCACGUGGAUCAAAGUGACCAGCGUUCAGCCCAGUCUCUUCUGGGUCACCAUGCUCGGACAGUUCGCCUCGGCGUGCGCGCAGGUGUUCAUCCUGGGAAUGCCGUCUCACAUCGCGUCUGUGUGGUUCGGCUCGGACGAGGUGUCCACCGCCUGCGCCAUUGGUGUUUUUGGAAACCAGCUCGGCAUUGCCAUUGGCUUUCUGUUGCCGCCGGUUCUGGUACCGAAUGUAGAUGACAUUAAUGAGCUGUCACAUCACAUCAGAAUCAUGUUUUACAUCACUGCUGCUGCGGCCACCGUCAUCUUUCUGCUGGUCGUGUUUGUGUUUCAGGAUAAACCUGAAGUUCCUCCAUCACAGUCUCAGGCAGCGCUCAGACUCACACCGGCGGGUCAGACCUCAUAUCUGGAGUCUAUUAAGAGAUUGAUGUCUAACAGAGCCUUCAUCAUCCUCCUCCUCAGCUAUGGACUGAAUGUUGGCUGUUUUUACUCUGUUUCCACCCUGUUGAACCGGAUGAUAAUGGAGCAUUACCCUGGUGAAGAGGUGAAUGCUGGGAGAAUUGGAUUGACUCUUGUCAUCGCUGGUAUGGUCGGAUCUCUCAUCUCUGGAAUCUGGUUAGACAAGACCAAGACUUACAAACAGACGACGCUUGCGGUUUAUAUUCUCUCUUUCGUGGGGAUGGUCGUCUACUCUUUCACCCUGAACUUAGGUUAUCUGUGGGUUGUGUUCCUCACAUCAGGAGCUCUGGGGUUCUUCAUGACGGGUUAUCUGCCAUUAGGAUUUGAGUUUGCAGUUGAGCUGACGUAUCCAGAAUCCGAGGGGACAUCAUCAGGACUACUCAACUGCUCAGCACAGAUAUUUGGAAUCAUGUUCACCAUCAUUCAAGGCAAAAUCAUUGAUAACUUCGGCACAUUAGCCGGCAACAUCUUCCUCUGUGUCUUCCUCUUCAUCGGCUCAAUCCUGACAGCGUUUAUAAAAUCUGACCUGCGGAGAAUGAAGGCCAACCAUCAAUCUCAGACUGAGACAGACCCUCAGAAUGGCAUGCGUGUUAAAGAGUGUUUUAUCUUUUGUUUGAUGUACUGUAUCUCCGGCUCUUCUGAUGUAUGUUUUAUGGGUCUACAGUAUCUUACAGCCUCUUCCAGGACGAGUCAUCAGAUUAAACAUUACAGCGUCAGUGCUACAGGAAUCAAAUGCACACGUUGAAGAUGGAGGAGGAACAGUCGUGAAGGAGGUAAAGAUGUGAAGUUGAACAUCAUUUCAGUGACAAAGACUUCACAGAUAAAGACGUUCAGUUCAGAGACUUUGUGUUCCUGUAGUUUAAUACUGUAGGUAGAGAUUUGUGUUAGCAGCACAAAAGGUCAUGGGUUCGAUCCCAGGGAACACACAUACUGAUCAAAUGUAUUCCUUGUAAUGCACUGUAAGUCGCUUUGGAUAUAAGCGUCUGCCAAAAUGCACAAAUGUGAUUGAAACGUUUGUGCUGUGAAGUUGUCCAUCAGAACCCACAGCAUGUUAUACAGAAAACCUUUACAUCAGUGGUUCUCAAACCUUUUGUGCGGCCCCUCUCGUGUACGGUGCAUCCCUUCAUGCUCCCCAAAGAAAAUGUAUGACAUAAAACCUUUUAAAACUUUUAAAAAAUUUGAAUUAAACAAAACAUAUUAAGUUAUACAAUGUAGUGCUGGGUUAGUAGUGCUGUGGGUUUAAAUGCACAGAAUUCAUGAUAAAUUAAUGUAUUUUAUAAAACGUCUCGCGUCCCCCAGUUUGAGAACCACUUCUUUGCACAACCAGAUGACUGACUGAAAACAUAUGUGAGAGGUCAAUGGGUGUAUUAAGGUCUUGUGCUUUUAUUUAUUUACAUAAGAUAUUUUAUCCAGAAAGGUAUAAAGCCAUACCGAAGACUGAAGUAAAUCUUUUAUUCAGUGAUAUUUCUAGCUGAAGUAGAUUAUUUUUUUAAAUGAUAAUUAUGUCUUAACCAGACAGUCAAUUAUUUGCAUUGUAAUUUUUACCAAUGAACACAGACCUUUGUUAUUGAAAUUGUUAUUUUGUAAUUGAAGAUUAACUACAUCAAUGAAAAAUCAUUUUCCCAGUCUUUCAGAGUUAUUUUCUGUUCAGUACUGUAUGUAAAUAUUUUAAAUGAUAGUUUCUUUCCCAAACUAAAUGAAUUAAAUCUAUUUAUUAACCUA